AGGUAACGGCGGCAGCGCCCGUGCGAGCGGUGCCCCGUGUGCCCUCCCUGCCGGGCCUCCCCCCCCCCUCCCCUUCCCCUUCCCCGCCCCGGGCCCGGGCCGCCGCCGCCGCCGGGGUAUGGAGGCGGCGCACAGCCUCCCGGUGCUCGACGUUCUCCGCCGCUUCGGUGUCAGCGAGAGCUGCGGGCUCAGCCCGGAGCAGGUCCGCCGCAGCCGGGAGAAGUACGGCCCCAAUGAGCUCCCUGCAGAAGAAGGAAAGUCCCUCUGGGAGUUGGUGCUGGAGCAGUUUGAAGAUCUCCUCGUCCGCAUCCUUUUGAUGGCAGCUUUUCUGUCCUUCAUCCUGGCCUGGUUUGAAGAAGGAGAGGAGACCACGACGGCGUUCGUGGAGCCCAUCGUCAUUAUUAUGAUCCUGAUCGCCAAUGCCGUGGUGGGCGUGUGGCAGGAGAGAAACGCCGAGAGUGCCAUCGAAGCCUUGAAGGAGUACGAGCCCGAGAUGGGGAAGGUUUACCGCGCCGACCGCAGCGGGGUGCAGCGGAUCCGUGCCCGGGACAUUGUCCCCGGGGACAUCGUGGAGGUGGCAGUUGGUGACAAGGUGCCGGCGGACAUCCGGAUCAUUGAAAUCCGCUCCACCACCCUGCGGGUCGACCAGUCCAUCCUCACAGGGGAGUCGGUGUCGGUGAUCAAACACACGGAGCCCGUCCCCGACCCCCGCGCCGUCAACCAGGACAAGAAGAACAUGCUCUUCUCCGGCACCAACAUCGCAGCUGGGAAGGCCGUAGGGGUUGUCAUUGCAACAGGGGUGUACACCGAGAUCGGGAAGAUCCGAAACCAGAUGGUGGAGACGGAGCCCGAGAAGACCCCCUUGCAGCAGAAGCUGGAUGAGUUCAGCCAGCAGCUCUCCAAAGUGAUCUUCCUGGUGUGCAUCGCUGUCUGGGUCAUCAACGUCAGCCACUUCAGUGACCCCGUCCACGGCGGCUCCUGGUUUCGGGGGGCCAUCUAUUAUUUCAAGAUUUCGGUGGCACUGGCGGUGGCUGCCAUUCCUGAGGGUCUUCCGGCCGUCAUCACCACCUGCCUGGCGCUGGGGACCCGGCGCAUGGCCAAGAAGAACGCCAUCGUCAGGAGCCUGCCCUCGGUGGAGACCCUGGGCUGCACCUCCGUCAUCUGCUCCGACAAGACCGGCACCCUCACCACCAACCAGAUGUCCGUCUGCCGGAUGUUCAUUAUGGAGAAGGUGGAGGGUGCCCAGUGCAGCCUGCACGAGUUCAGCAUCACCGGCUCCACCUACGCCCCCGAGGGACAGAUCCUGAAGGACGAGCAGCCGGUGUGGUGCGGGCAGUACGACGGGCUGGUGGAGCUGGCCACCAUCUGCGCCCUCUGCAACGAUUCGUCCCUCGACUACAACGAGUCCAAAAAAGUCUAUGAGAAGGUGGGGGAAGCCACUGAAACAGCCCUGACGUGCCUGGUGGAGAAGAUGAAUGUCUUCAACACUGACACCAGCAAACUCUCCAAGGUGGAGCGAGCCAACGCCUGCAAUUCGGUCAUCAAGCAGCUGAUGAAGAAGGAGUUCACCUUGGAGUUCUCCCGCGACCGCAAGUCCAUGUCGGUGUACUGCACGCCCACCGGCCCCGGCCACAACUCCGCUGGCAGCAAGAUGUUUGUCAAGGGUGCCCCGGAAAGCGUGAUCGAGCGCUGCAGCCACGUCCGUGUGGGCACUGCCAGAGUCCCGCUGACGACCCCGGUGCGGGAGAAGAUCCUGAGCAGGAUCCGGGACUGGGGCAUGGGCAUCGACACGCUGCGCUGCCUGGCCCUGGCCACCCACGAUGCGCCCGUCCGCAGGGAGACCAUGCAGCUGCACGACUCCGCCGCCUUCGUCCACUAUGAGAACAACCUGACCUUCGUGGGCUGCGUGGGGAUGCUGGACCCUCCCCGCAAGGAGGUCACCUCUUCCAUUGAGAUGUGCCGCAAGGCCGGCAUCCGCGUCAUCAUGAUCACCGGUGACAACAAGGGCACGGCGGUGGCCAUCUGCCGCAGGAUCGGCAUCUUCUCAGAGAGCGAGGACGUGGCCGGCAAAGCCUACACGGGCCGGGAGUUCGACGAGCUGCCCCCCGAGGCGCAGCGGCAGGCGUGCCGCGAUGCACGAUGCUUCGCCCGCGUGGAGCCGACGCACAAGUCCCGCAUCGUCGAAUACCUCCAGUCCUUCCACGAGAUCACCGCCAUGACAGGCGACGGCGUCAACGACGCCCCGGCCCUGAAGAAAGCAGAGAUUGGUAUCGCCAUGGGGUCGGGCACGGCCGUCGCCAAGUCGGCUGCCGAGAUGGUGCUCUCCGAUGACAACUUCUCCACCAUCGUGUCGGCCGUCGAGGAGGGCCGCGCCAUCUACAACAACAUGAAGCAGUUCAUCCGCUACCUCAUCUCCUCCAACGUCGGCGAGGUGGUCUGCAUCUUCCUGACGGCCAUCCUGGGCUUGCCCGAGGCCCUCAUCCCUGUGCAGCUGCUGUGGGUCAACCUGGUGACGGACGGGCUGCCGGCCACCGCCCUCGGCUUCAACCCCCCCGAUUUGGACAUCAUGGACAAGCCCCCCCGCAGCCCCAAGGAGCCCCUCAUCAGCGGGUGGCUCUUCUUCCGCUACUUGGCCAUCGGGGUGUACGUUGGCCUGGCCACGGUGGGUGCAGCGACCUGGUGGUUCUUGUACGACGCCGAGGGACCGCAGGUCUCCUUCCAUCAGCUGAGGAACUUCAUGAGGUGCACUGAGGACAACCCCAUCUUCGAAGGAAUCGACUGUGAGAUCUUCGAGUCCCGAUACCCAACCACCAUGGCUCUGUCCGUGCUCGUGACAAUUGAAAUGUGCAAUGCUCUGAACAGUGUCUCUGAGAACCAGUCGCUGCUGCGGAUGCCACCAUGGCUCAACAUCUGGCUGCUGGGGGCCAUCGUCAUGUCCAUGGCUCUGCACUUCCUCAUCCUCUAUGUCAAGCCCAUGCCUCUCAUCUUCCAGGUAACCCCCCUGAGCUGGCCGCAGUGGGUGGUUGUGAUGAAAAUCUCCCUGCCCGUUAUCCUGCUGGACGAAGGACUCAAGUACCUUUCCCGCAACCACCUGGACGGCAUUCUCAGGACGUUAAGACACACGUGGAGCGGGGAGCACCAGUUGAAAACCUGCAGGACUCCAGAGCAAGGGAGAAGAGGACAAGAAAUGAAUGACACGAAGGAAACACUCCUAACUAAAGGAUCCCUAACUUGUAACUCGGACUGAAGUCUUGCAUGCGUGACCAUCGCUAGAAGCCAGCAGGACAUGCAUGUGUCCGACUAUCAGACAAAUGCGGGUGAAUCGUCGAAAAGAAAAAUACUGAUUUUGUUUUGUUUCGUAGCUUUCUUUUUCCUGUACAUAAGAGUGCAAUUACUGGACAGCUGGCAUAGGGUUUGGGGACAGAGCUGUGUGAACCUGGGCUGUCGUAACGCGGUUCCUCGGGGAUUUGUUCCUGCAAAAUUUGAGACCCUCUUUCCAAUUUUCACCCUGACCGGGUGAGCUCAGGCAAGGCAUCCUUCAUGGGAGAUCAAGGCGGGGAGUCGGGAUUUUAGGCAAUACACUGAGCGCGGGUGGGAGGCCGCAUCCCCCAGCGAGGUGGGAUGCGUGAGGGCAGCUCACGGGGCCGGGAAGGACUUGGUGGUGGGUGAGGGCAGGGGAGGGAGGCGAGGGGCCAUGGUUUGGGGUGGCCGACCCUCAGUGACAUCCGCAGUGCCAGUGGGUGCAUCGCUGCGGGUGCUGCGCUCUGCUCCGGUUGCCGCAGCACCUGCAGGCUGCAGCAGCUGAAAAUUGCUUCGCGGCGUGACCGCUGGUGGAGUGGAUCUCGCGGAUGUGUGUUUCUAUGCCGAGGUUGGGUGCAUAUGGUGGAAGGUGAAGUUCUCCCUAUUUAUCACACCGUCCUGUUUGUUCCCCGUGUUGUGGAAAGCCCCGCACCUUCUCGGGCUCAUCUGACACCAAAGCAUGACAUAGUCUUGUCUGUUCUCCUCCGUCCGGCGUCUCGUUAGAUCCCAUCUGCGCUAUUUAAGCCAUAGCCCUCUUCCUCGCAGGGGCAACCAUCUAAAGCAGAGCAUAGGGAUGACCAACUUUGCAUUCCUCAUGUCUACUGCUCCGUCCUGGUCACACUUUCUUUCCUCAGUUGAUUUUUAACUAUUUCCCUAGCAGGAGUAGAGCUUAGGUCCUUAGGAGCAUGUCCAUGAGUUCGUGUCCUCUGCUUUGGAGGACAUUGCUGUCUUGCACAGGGCAUCCUUGACACCAGUGGUCUGCCUUUGAGACGGGAAUGAAUGUAUGCUUGUACAUAAUGUAGUCCUUCUCCACGAGCGGUGUUUGUCGUGGCAUCCCUUUUCAUAAGGCACCAACUUUAUUUUAUCCUCUUGGGAUUUUUCUGCAGCAGGAGUGACACAGGCUGCAGUGAGAGUUUGUGGAUCAGGAGUGGAUUUUGGGAUCCAGUAAAUCGAUCUUUCUCCAUCACGCUGCGUCAGCUGAGAAGCUGAUAGCAGAUGAUUUCUUCUCCAGCUCUCCAAAUCCUCCCUCCUGUUUCCCUCACGUUCCCCUAUGAUCCAUCCUGAUGAUAUUUAGUUAGCCAGACCCUAUAUAUUUCCUUUCUCUUGAAUUCCAGCAACAGCACUAGAGCCAGGGGUUUGGAUAGCAUUUUGCUCCUUUGCUGUUGGGUUUUUUUCUUUUACUUUUUGCCUCUUAAAAGCUUCCAAUGCUUUUCUGUUUCUCUUUCACCUGGGCAAGAGCUACUCUUCCUCUGUACAGUAGGUGCCAAAUAUCAUCCCUCCUUUCUUUUCUCCAUCACCAGCAUUGAAGAUGAGCAGAGCCCCCAGACCAGUGGGAAUGUACAGAAUUGUUAUACUACUGAGCUGAUUUAAUUGUACAGAAAACCUUGCAUGAAAUGUUGUUACUGUAUUUAAUAUAUAAUGUAUUCAAGGAAUUUUAAUAUGGAGCUCUUUAAAAAGAUCUUUAUAGAUACUCUGUGGUUAGAACAUUGUUGCUGAUUUUUUUUUAAAUAUUAUUAUACUUUGUCUUGAAGAAGUUUUAUUUUUCAAAUGUGUUACGUCUAAUUGAUUUAAUUGGUGAUCCCAUGGGGCAACCAAUUCCUCUUUAAAGAUUUUCACCAUGGAUGAUACUCACCCUGGCGCAGAGGACCAGGGCAUGACCCAGGUACUGCUUAAGCCUUCAAAAUAAGGCUUCAGUAAGACUAACACUGUAGACGUGUGAUUUGCCCUUCCCCAAAAGGGUGGAUUGCACCCUGUUUAGUACAGAUCAUCUCAGCUCUCUGUGCAGGAAAAGAACCAGCGGGAAUUUAAUCCAGUAUCAGCUCAGUGACUUCAGAGGAGAUGGCUUCUGUGUUUCCCUGAGGCUGAAAACCAGUUUGGGAGAGGCUGGACAAGAUGCAGAGCAUCCCAGGCCCGUUCGAAGGGUCCAGCGGGACUUUCAGCUGCCCAAUGGCAUCUCCUUGGGAUGUGGUGGCCUUGGUCCACUGUGCUUGUGGGGACCUGCUUGAUCCAUCCACUCCGUAUUGCACCACCUGAGUUACACUGGUUUCCCUGGGCUUAAGGUCUGGUGUAGGAUUAUUAAUUUUACCCACAUAUGUAGGUGUGUGGAGGAGUUUCUUGUGUAAAGGUCCCACUAAUGAGUACUGAAUAAUGGAUGGGAGUCUCUAAAGUAAGGAGACUUAAAAGGAAAAAAAAAUAAGUAAGAGCUCUGUUUCGGAGCAGAGAUGAAAUCAUGAAAUUUUAACUUGCUAUUAAAUUCCUGCUGGUAAUUUUUGCUUAGUCUCACCUGACAGCAGAGAGGUGGGGGCGGUUGUAGCAGACAUCCUUCUGAACCCACUAACAGAACAGCGAUUUGAAGAGAUGCUGAGUUUGUUAUCUUAUUGUUGAUAGAGAUGCCAAGUUGCUGUUAUUUUAUCAUUGGUGGACGUGCCAUGCUGCUGCAAGCCCGGGCAAUGUCAGUCUGUUUGUGCAAUCGUUGGGUUGCAAUUUUGAGUUACCAAAACCCAAGCCGUCAUGGGCAAGAAACCACAGCUGUGUCCCAGCCAAAGACUUGUUCUUUCCAGCAGCAGCAAAUUGCAUUUACCUUUAUACUGUAAGCCGCUAGAUCUACCUAGAACAUAGUGCAGGAAACCUGCACUAAGGCUACCUGGAGCAGGCAUCCCCCUUGCUAGGAGGGACCAUUUUGACACAUCCCCGUUUCCCCUUGUGAACGGUUGACCAUGUCUCUCUCUUUCACCCCAUCCUUUAAUUACUUGGAAUACAGGUUGCGCUCCAUGCUUUUUGAUUGCAGAGGCUUAUAGUUCAAAUAUUUUAACAAAGUAGAAAAAUAUCAGUAGAUCUAAUUAUUUUUCCUUUAUGCUUCGGUGAAGGGUCAGGAUAAAUCACGGGGUAGUUAUGUAUUGCAUGUAUGCCACCAGCAGCGUGCUGCGCGCUUUUACAGGCUGGAGCACGUUCUUGUGCAAACUUGGAGAUCCCAGAGCUGAGACCACCGCUUUGGAAUCGGGUCUUAUGUCUUACCGAGGCAUCCGACUGUGUGCAAUACAAGGGAGAUGGACACUGAGUGGCUGUUUUGCCCAAUAGCUUAUUAAAAAAAAACAGCUUAGGGGCAAAGCCUCCAGGAUCCUUGCUUUUUUGACAACAGAGUUUAGGAAUUAUUUCCUUUUUAGUUUUAUUUUGAUGGUGCUGCCUGGCAUAUUCAAAGUUUUUAAAUAAAAUUUAGGUCUUUCCAGCAAGACCUUUAGCAUCUGCUGGGACAGAUCCUCUGCCUGCGCGGAAGCAGCGAUGCGAGAUGCACGGCGGAGGACGUGCCGGGAUGGCAGCAUGCGGUUGUCCGUGAGCACUUUAUAAUAAUCCUUUCUCAGGGGCCAGGCACCGUGCUGGGUUACAGCCAAGGCGGGAGGCGAGGGUCCCACAUCCCUGGAGCAAGCAGGGGGGGUCAGCUUUGGGCAGCAGCUGUGGAAAGUCUUUUGUGCUGUUUUGGGAUGUCGUGUCAUUGUGGCCAGUUGCAGGAUGAGCUUUUCCCCCGUGGUGUCUGAUCCUGUCUGGAGCCAUGUUGGAAAAGGAAAAAGAGUUGCUCUUCAGAGCAAAGAAGUACUGCAUCCUAUGUUUUAUUUCUGUCAUGUGGCCACCGUACGGCUCAGGGUCUGCGUGAGGUUUUUGAUUUGUGUGUUUGAGACUUUGGCAUUGUGAAGAUGUCGUACGUGUGUUUCUGAUGCUCUGCUCAGCCAAGGCUGGAUGGUACCACCAGGUGCUGGAGAAGUCAGGAUUAGGAGGGACAGGCUUUACUGGAGGGGCUGAGGGACUUCAUUCCUGUAAGAGCAUCAAACCUGGGAUUGAACUGGUGUCUCUGCUCAUGGUGUGGAUGGCAGAAGUAGCCAGAGGAGCAAUAGGAAAACUCGGCAGCAAUUUUUGGUCCCUCUUUGUAUGUCAGGUCGAUGGUGCUGCUUCCAAGUCAGGGUACUGCUCUGCCAAAACUCAUCAAAUAAUUGCCGUGCAGGAGCUCAGGCUAACGAUGUCCCGGUUGGCGGGAGGCGUUCAUGAGGUUCGGUGACCUUGGCAUCACCACUCCUGAAACUCAAACACACAGGAGUCCCCAGUACCAACUUCUAAGACUUACUGUGAUUUUUGGUCCAUACCUGGCAUGGCCAUCACCUUGUAUAAAUGAUGCCAGAGAUGCAGUUGUCCCAGUUCAGUCCCACCUGGGCUUUUUUUCCCCCACUUCUGCAGUGGCAAUUUCUGGCAAGGCUUGUCCCUGGCGGGGAGACAGCCCGGGGGGUCAGGUUUUUGGGACAAAGGAGAAGGGCUUCACCUCAUGCAGAGCUUGCGUCGCACAGGUUGGGUUAGGCUUUGCAGGGCUGCAGUGAGGAAGGGGACACACAGGGUGAAUUGUGCUCUCUGGACCUGUCCCCUUGGUGCCAUUCAGCUUUCGGUAUGAGUGGGGCAUUAAAGGAGCCUAAAUCUGUGUGCACCUGGAGCGAUGGGGACGUGGGUACCACCGGCUGGUGUCUGAGCUGGGUUGAUCGGGCGCUUGGGACCAAGAGGAGGGAGACUGCUGAGCUGCCAGCGGGUGCCUUCAGUGGCUUCAAUCCGGGAAUAUGCUGAUUUUUUUUUAUAUGAGAUGCCUGAACAGCCAAAUCUAGAAAUCUCUGAGUUUGUGCUUUCUAGCGAAAGGUAAAUCAUUGUAUCUUGGGGGUGGGGGGGGGGGGGGGAGGGGGGGGCGGGAGGGUGUUAUCUGAGGGGUGGGUAGAAUUGAAAGAAACAAGGUUUCCUAUUUUAUUAUAUGAGAGAUAUUUUUCCACUAAAUUUCUGCUUCCUAAAUCGUGUCCUUUGUCCGACUGUAAAUAGCCAGGUGUGCCGUGAAGACGUGGGAAGGCUCCUUGUGGUCACAUCCAUACAAUCCACUCUGUUCACACAAUAUUGGGCUGAUCUGUUUUAUACUUAUGAAAUUACAGAAAUAAACGCAAUUUUACUGGA